AUGACUUCCUUGUUUGUUCAAGAAAUUUUCCUCUCUGAAAGACACGAAGAAACAGUAUCACAAAGAUUAAUGUUACUUCAACAAAUGGACGAUGAAUUCAGAGAUCAAAACAUGGAAAAGGCAUUUCAACUGCAAACAGCUGAGACUGCUUUUAAAAGGUACCUUAGUCUUUUAAAAGAUGUAGGAAUAGCAGAAAAGUCUCUAGAGAUCAGGAUUUACCCAAUUCCACAGCCUGAGGUGGUUUCUCUUGGGAUUCCUUACUGGGCAUUAGUAGAAGAACAUAUUCCCAAAUGGGAACAGUUUCUUUUAAGAAGAGCACCAUAUUCUCUUGGUGUUGAAAAUCAAAAUGAAGCAGAAAAUACCAUUCCACAUGGGGCAGAGUGA